GACAUUUGUCAUCAUUAAAUUACAAGAAAAGAUUAACCACAACCAGCUCAAACGGUUAUACCCUUUAUACAUGUAAAUAGACUGGUUUACGUAACAUCUGACGUAUCGGUCCACAGAGUCAGUGAAGAGAAAAGUAAACAUAGAAUGAAUAUAUUUUUCGCGCACACGUAUUACACGUUUACGUGGCAUGUUUUUUCAUGGAUAGUGAUGAAAGCGUUACCCGGAAGUGCUACAUUUCAUCCGCAAUGAAGAUGCUGGCUUGUUGGCAAAACAUUUCAAGCUAGCUAUAAAAAAAAAAAUAGCUUACUGCAGGUAGCUAGUUUUGAUAAAAUGGUUAUAACACAUAGCUACGUUGGAGAGUACAAUGUGGGCAAUACGCUAUGAAUUACAACUUGCCUGCUGUAGGCAAUAAGACUCAUGCGAGAAGAUUGUCUGCUAGGCUAACUCUGCUAGCCGAUGGUGUUUAGAUUUCUGCAAAGUAAGGAUCAGACUAGUUAGUUAGCUCGAUUUACAUGUUUGCAUAACAAUUCCGCGUUCAAGAUCAAUAACUUGGAAGCCUAUCUACAUCCUUUGAAAGUCUGACAUGUCUGUUAGACCUCUGUGCAGCUAGCUUUAGCUAGAAUUGCGACGUCUAUUUGUUUUUUCAUUGUUUUGUUUACACUUGGGGUUAUUUGUCUAGCUAGCUAGAGCCUCAGCACGAACCACAAGUCGUGUCUAGCAAGCAAGUUGAAGAGAAACAAAAACUCUGAAACACUUGCCAACCUAGCCAGUUCGUUUCUGGUUUAGUCUGAGUUCACCACUAGCCAAGCGAAUUGGUUGCUAGCAAAGCUGUAACUAUGUCUAUCGACGACUUCACUUCGAUCAGCCUGCUGUCCCUGGCCAUGUUGGUGGGGUGUUAUGUGGCUGGAACCAUUCCUCUGGCUGUCAACUUCUCAGAGGAGAAGCUGAAGCUGGUGACGGUCCUGGGAGCAGGGCUGCUGUGUGGGACUGCCCUGGCUGUCAUCAUCCCUGAGGGGGUCCAUGCCUUGUAUGAGGAGGUCCUGGAGGGUGUGCACCACGCCCCUGGCCAGGUGGAGGGGGUGGAGGUGUCCGAGCCCAAGGAAGGUGUGGAUGCAGCUCUGGGGGUCAGUGGGGAGCACAGCCACAGCCACGAGCACCUCCAUGCCUACAUCGGGGUUUCCCUGGUCCUGGGGUUUGUCUUCAUGCUGCUGGUCGACCAGAUAGGAAGCGCCCACGUGCACAGCAAUGCUGACGAUCCAGAGUCUGCGAGGGUUGCCAGCUCAAAGAUCACCACCACCUUGGGACUGGUGGUCCAUGCAGCAGCGGACGGCGUGGCUCUCGGAGCAGCAGCUUCAACCUCUCAGACCAGUGUACAGCUCAUUGUCUUCGUGGCCAUCAUGCUUCACAAGGCCCCAGCAGCCUUUGGCCUGGUCUCUUUCCUGAUGCAUGCUGGUCUAGAGAGGAACCGGAUCCGUAAACACCUGCUGGUCUUCGCCCUGGCAGCACCCGUCCUCGCCAUGGUUACCUUCGUAGGACUCAGCCAGUCCAGUAAAGAGGCAUUGUCAGAUGUGAACGCCACGGGCGUGGCCAUGUUGUUCUCUGCCGGGACCUUCCUGUACGUCGCCACGGUACAUGUCCUUCCCGAGGUGGGCGGGACCGGACACAGCCACGCUCCUGUUCAGGGGAAGGAAGCAGCGAAGGGACUGAGCAAGGUGGAGGUCGGGGCUCUGGUUCUGGGCUGUCUGAUACCGCUGGUGCUGUCUGUUGGACACCAGCACUAGACACACACACACACACACACACACACUGCUACCAGACACACAGGAGACCCAGAGGAGGAGAGGAGAGAAAGGAUGUAGGAAGGAAGAGGUUUUAGGAAGGAAAAAAGCAGCCAAAACAGACAUCUCUUAUGUCUUUAUUUAUCUGUUCUGUGACUGCUGAUUGGUUGGAGUGGGACAACGACGCGCGGCGGGAUCAAAACCAUUAUAACCCACACCGGAAGACACGGGGGGGUGAUGAUGUCAUAAUAACAGCACCCGCCCACUUUUCUUUCUACGAGAAGUGAUGUCUGUCGAGACUGUUGACGAGAGACUUGUACUACCAUGUGUUUUUAUAGAUUUGAUUUGAGCUCUAGCUAGGCUGUACAGAUAAGCAAGAGAGUUGAAUUAUGGCCGUAUCCUGUUUCAGUGAUGCGGACGAACUGUCGACCGACCUCCUGAAACUCAUCUUAAUGGGACAUUUGUUUUGAAGACUUGGGCUGUAUGAAAUGUAAAGACCUUAUAUUGUGACUAUUUGCAGUAAAAGUAUUUUUUUUUUAUUUUUUUUAUUUUUUUUUAAAUCAAUGAUUUAAACCCUCACUGGUUUUCAGACACACUAUAAUAACUUUGCUCUUACUGUAAAAUUAACUCUGAUAGUUAUUUAUGUUCUUCCUAGUGGGAAUCAAGUAAGUAUUUAGAAGUUUUACAUGUAAGUCGUUGUAUUUCUAUUACGUUUGAUCUUACUUAAUGGUUACUUAUAUCUGCUCUACUAGUAAUAUGAAACGUCUGGGAGAAAUGCGUCUCUAAGACUGAUUUCCACAGACCCCUAACCCUUGUUAACUGAAAGUUGAUGACUGUCUUGCUUCAGGCAUAUAAAGGAAACCGCUCGCC